AUGUCCGAAACCAUCAAGCCCGUCAAAAUCCCUGGCAUUGCGUGGGACAUCGCUGCCGACAUAUACUUCCCACCCAAGUUUGACGACACGAAGAAGUACCCGGCUGUCGUGUCAGCCCAUCCAAUUGGCUCGUGCAAAGAGCAGACUUCGGGCAAUGUCUAUGGCAAGGCAAUGGCUGAAGCUGGCUUUGUAGUUGUCGCGUUUGACGCAUCUUUCCAGGGAGCUUCAGGCGGAUUGCCCCGGUUCGUGGAGAACCCUGAAUUGCGCGUCUCUGACUUCCGCUAUGUCAUCGACUACAUCCAGACGCUCCCAUAUGUCGACCCGGAGCGUAUCGGCGUGCUGGGCGUUUGCGGCGGUGGCGGCUAUGCUUUCAACGCGACCAUGACUGACUACCGCCUCAAGUGCUGCGUCGGCAUCACAGCAGCGAACUUUGGUCGGCUGGCCCGCGAGUCCCUUGCUGGCUUCGACCCGGUCGGUUCUCUUGAGAAAAUGGCCAAACAGCGCACCCUCGAAGCCCAGGGUGCCGAUCGUUAUAUAUUCCCCUUCCUUCCCCCAACAGUCGAGGAGGCUAAGAAGAUGACCUCGGAUCCUGAUAUCGUGGAGGCAACUGAAUACUACAAGACCAGCCGCGGCCAGAAACCAUGUGGUGCCACGAGCGGUCUUUUCUCAUUCAAUAGCGCCGCCCUUGCAUGGGAUGCUUUCAGCCAUGCGGAGGUCAUCAUGACUCGUCCCUUCAUCGCCGUUAUUGGCGAUAUUCCUGGCGGCUUUGGCGCCUACCGUGAUGGUCAUGAGAUUUAUGGUCGUGCCGCUUCUAAAGAGAAGGAGCUCGUUGUGCUCCCCGGCGUGUCGCACUAUCAGCUUUACGACCAGCCGAAGGCUGUCAAAGGCGCGCUCGACAAAGCCCUGCCAUUCCUGAAGAAGCAUCUCGGCGAAGCUAAGUAG